UGCUCUGUGCGCGGCGUCUCGUUUCUUGGAAAAUUAAUCUAGUAAAAAUUGAAAGUGCAUCGCUAAAGAACUUGUGUUAAUGAACUGACGUCAGAAGAAAUGUCGUUGUUGGAAAAUGAGGCGUUCGUCUUGUCAGAUUUGAAUUUGUUUGAAAAAAGUAAUGACGAGAAAGAAAACUACUCUCCUUCAGGCAGCAUGAAGAUGCCGCUAUUAAAAAUCAAACAGGGUCGAAAGGGAAAUUGGAUUUGCGAUAGUUCGACAAAAGAGCAGAAAAGUAUAGCUGAGUCUGUGGAGAAAAAUUUGUGUCGACGAGUACGACUCGGUCAAGCAUGUCGAGAUGGGCGAAAAGACGUCGUCGAGAAGCUUCUGAGUGGAAAUCGUUUAAAAACAAUCAACGACCUAGACGAUGAUGGCAUGGCUCCUCUACACUACGCUGCUCGUUCAAACCACGUGGAGAUCGUUAAAAUGCUAUUGAAAGCGAACGCAGAUGUGGAAGUGAAAGGGUCCGAAAAGAUACAGAAAAUAACGCCUCUGGUAUGCGCAGCCAAGUUCAAUGCCAUCGAGGCUUGUCGUGUGCUGAUACAGAAUGGAGCCAAUGUUAACGUUAAGGACUGUUAUGGACAAACAGGUCUGCAUCAUACUACUAGGAGGACCCAUCACAAAAUUGUUGAGCUUCUCUUGACAGAAGGCAAGAUGGAUGUGAAUGUUGUUGACGUCGAUAAAACUACUGCUUUGCACAUGGCGGCUCAGGUUGGAGAUCAUUUGUCUGCUGAGUUACUGCUUUUCCACGGUAUUGACAUCGAAGCACAAGAUAACGACGGAUUCACUGCUUUUCACAUUGCAGCAAGAGAAGGGAACACAAAAGUUUUGAAAACCCUACUUGAUACAGCACGAAGCUGUAAGAUGAAUACCACGUCACUGCUAGACAUCCCAGAUCACUAUGGCAACACAUGCCUGCACCUGGCCGUUAAAUUUGGACACUGCCCUGCAACUAAACUAUGUAUUGACUAUGGUGCAUCACCCUGUUGCUGGCAGGCGUCUCUACAAACUCCCUUGCACCUUGCUGCUGUAUCUGGUAAUCUAUGUAUCCUCAAGAUGUUAAUGGCCAACAAGCAUUCAGACAUUCAUAUUGAAGACGGUGAUGGGAUGACACCUAUAUUAAGGUCUUCUUUGGAAGGGCAUACUGAUAUUAUGGAGUACCUUUUAGAUGAGGGAGCCCAGCUUAAUUCUCCUCCUGGCAGUGGAAGUCCUUCUCCAUUGAUGUGUGCUGUUGAACGUGGACAACACAAGGCCAUUGAAUUUCUUCUCUCUCGAGGUGCCUUGAUUGACCUGGUGGAUAACCAGUGGAGGAAUUGUCUUCACAUAGCAUCUGCUUGUGCUGAUCCAGAAACAGUUCAGAUUCUUCUUCAGAAUGGAGCUAAGAGCUUGGUAAACAGCAAAGAUUCUUACGGCAAGACGCCAUUACAUUACGUUGCCGUACGAUGCAAGCAUGCAGCACAGAUAGUCAGUCUGUUGCAUGCAGCUGGUGCAGACUUUUCUGCUUGUGAUAACAACGAGCAGAUACCUCUUCAUUAUGCUGCUAUGAGUGGUAUUGUUGUCAGCAUUCGCGCGCUUUUAGAAGCAUCACCAUGUACUGUCAACCAUCCAGACAAUCGUUCCCAGACCCCUUUUCACCUCGCGGCUUCCAAUGGCCGUUCCGAAGCGUGUAGAUUUUUACUACAGAAAGGAGCAGAAAUAGAUUACAGGGAUGAUCUUCGGUUAACACCUCUAUUCCAUGCUGUCAAAUCAAAGUGUCCUCUUUCAACAAAAGUGCUGUUGGAGUUUGGUGCAGAUAUCAAUGCAGUGGAUAAACACAGGAAAACCCCCAUCAUCCUCGCUGCUCUAGAAGGCAAUGUUGAUGUGUUUAAGACUUUACUCCAGUUUGGUGCUGACUUAACCUCAGUGUGUGUCCAUGGUUAUAGCGCGUUAGAUACAGCCCUGCAAAAUAAUCAGCUGAAUAUAUGUAAUGAGAUCAUCAAACACGACAGGUGGCAAGAUGUCUUGUUGAACACUAAGCUAAAUAAAGUGACCCCAAUGAAGGAAAUAAUUGAAAAGUUUCCGUGUUUAGCCAAGGCUGUAUUAGACAAGUGUUUGACAGAGUCCAUGUGCGUGGAUACUGACAUUAACUACUCGGUAGAAUAUGAUUUUCAGUUUCUUUGUCCACACCCUGAUCGAGAGAGAGACAAGGAAGGCAAAAGAUACUUUGGUCCCAAGGUGAUGUUGGAUAAUGGCAGAGAAGAACUUCUACGUCAUCCUGUGACGAAAGCGCUGAUGGGGACUAAAUGGAGAAAAGUCGGAGUAAACUUCUUCUACCUUGGUGCACUUGUUUACGCCAUCUUUGUUGGAAUAUUCUCGCAUUACAUGUAUGUCAUGCAUGUGUAUGAAUCUGCUCGUCGAAAAAGUGGAAAAAACGAAACCAUUGAUAACAACGGUACUUGGAUCCAAUGUAUCCAGUCGUAUGAAAUUUGCAUUGCUGUGUUCUCUAUUGCUAAUCUGUUGUACGAAUGCUAUCAGCUUUACACCGAGCGUUGUAAAUACUUUGAGUUAACCAACAUGCUCCAAGUCUCAACAUUUGUUUCCUCACUCAUCGCCGUUUAUCCCAUGAAUGGGGACCAAUACCUAGACCCAUGUAUCAGCUGGAACGCGGGUGCUAUUGGGGUCAUGCUGUCCUAUCUUACCAUGCUGCAGUUUAUACAGUGCCUGUUCUAUUCUGGUAUCUAUGUAACGAUGCUCUUCGAAGUUUUAAAGUCACUCUUAAAGGUUUUUGCCGUCUUUUUCCCAUUGAUGGGUGGAUUUGCCAUGGUGCUGAUGCUGGUCAUGGCUGACAGAGCUCCCUUUACCGACUUUAGAGAGUCACUGACCAAGGUGUUUGCCAUGACAAUCGGUGAGAUCGAGUAUUCCCGAUAUUUUGUGGAUGAAGGCCGCUUACUCAAAGGCACUGAAGAAAACCUCGCUAUGUUUGUGUUCAUACUCUUUUGCCUCUUGAUGCCCAUAGCUCUCAUGAACUUACUGAUAGGUCUUGCAGUGGGGGACAUCGAUUCAGUGCAGAACCACGCUGAGCUCAAAAUGAUGGCAACAGAGAUUGAAGCUGUUUUUGAUUUCGAGGAAAAGAUUCCUCUGGUUUUGCGCAGACGCUUCCACAAAUCCAAGCUUGUCAUCUUUCCAAACAGAAGAGGAUUCAACAAAGUUGUUCAGACUUGUUUUGGGUGGAUCAGUAGCAUCAGAGAUCUCGUAGAAAUACGAAACGGGCGCAAAGCUGACACCAAUAAUGAAGUAACACGUGAUGAAAUCAAUGAGAUACAAGAAAGUCUGAACUUGCACAGUGAUAGGAUGUUUAUUGUACUAGAAGAACUAAAACAGCAGAGGUUGAUGUUGGAAAGCAUUGUAUCAGCUGUGCACGCACCACAUAUUCCACACCCUGAAGACAGAGGACACGAAGAAGAGAAUCAUGAUGAAGGCAUCCUUGGCAAACUCUAAGAGACAAGGUCAAAACAAUUGCCAAAAAUGAGAGGGAUGAGGCAGGGUGACCCGGUAUCCUCCACCUGAAAACGGAAAUCAUGAUUUUGAUCUCAAACUUGCUGAAAUCGCAGAAUAGGCCAUUUGAAGGAAUUCCUUUAUUUAAAAAACUUUUUCUGGAUUGCUAAUGUUAUAUCAAAAUCCUUUAUCAAAAUCCCUUUUUUUCUCUUAUAAGAUGACUUUCGAAGAUACGAAGCAGUUGAAAUUGAGCUGAAUUGAUUCGUUAGCAAAGAGAUUUAUCAGCAUGUGAAUGUUUGUUGCAAAUGGCCUAUUGAAUGUACUGUCUGUUUGAAUGUAAGCUAAACAACGU